AUGACUCAGGAGCUAACUCCGUACCACAAAUUAGUAAAGUCUUUAUCAAAAGAUGACAUUUUUGAAAGAUUUCCUGAUGUGAUACCUCUUGAAAGAACAACUGGAGAGAAACGAUCGGAUUCUGAUUAUGAGAAAACGACAGAUGUUGUUGGUUCAUCUUCUUUGUUUGCUGGUCAUGAUGAAGAACAAAUUCGAUUGAUGGCAGAGAAUUGUAUUGUCCUAGACUAUAACGAUAUUCCUAUAGGUUCAGGAACGAAGAAAUUAUGUCAUAUUAUGAAAAAUAUUGAAAAGGGCCUUCUACAUAGGGCAUUUUCCGUCUUUUUGUUUGAUUCUCAGAAUAGGCUUCUUCUCCAACAAAGGGCAGAUGAGAAAAUUACUUUCCCGCAAAUGUGGACUAAUACCUGCUGUUCGCAUCCACUCUGUGUGCCAUCCGAACUCGGCUUUUCAAUGGAUUCGAUGAAUGGAACUAACAUUCAUUCCUUGGACACUGCAAUCAGGGGAGUUAAGUCGGCUGCAGUUAGAAAGCUUAAGCAUGAACUCGGAAUAGAACCUGAGUACGUUCCUGCCUCUAAUUUCAAAUUUUUAACAAGAAUUCAUUAUAUGUCCCCUAGUAAUGGUGGUUGGGGAGAGCACGAAAUAGAUUAUAUAUUGUUUGUCAAAUCUGAUGGAAAGGUUCAAGCAAAUCCUAAUGAAGUUAAGGCUUAUAAGUACGUCAGUGCCGAGGAAUUGAAAGAAAUGUUCAAAUGCAAGGAUCUUAAGUUUACACCUUGGUUUAAACUUAUUUGUGAAUCUUAUCUCUUUGAUUGGUGGAAGCAUAUUAACAAAUUAGAUGAUUGUACUUCAACAACUAUUAAUAGGAUGCUAUGA